AUGAGUUUGGACACGCUGCUAGAAGCUGCUAAGUAUUUAGAAUCCUCGUCUAGGCUAACUUCUAAAGAUGAUUCGGCGAUCGCACGUGGUAUGAUCUAGUAGCCAUGUGCAAAUAUUCUCUUGGAGCUGUUAGCUGUUUUGAAGUUGUGUCGAAAUCACGAAAUUUGUUUCGCCAAAAAUUAGCCUCGAUUUUUUUCGUAUUUCAGUUCAUCACUCUUCCUCGGUCCACACGGAAAGAAGACGAGCGAUUUCAGAAUGCGAGGCCUUUGAGAGGCGACGCAGACCUGGCGGGUAAGUUAUGUUGUCGUUCGUGGAAUUGAGAGACUAAGCGCGGUUGUUUGCUCUUGCCGGCAAAGACUAACUUGUUCACGACAUCUGUUUUGUUGGACAGGGCAGGGACGAGAGAAACACACAACAAACUAGAAAAGAACAGGUCAGCAUGACUAAUAAUCUUUUAGUAUCGAUUUUCAGUUAAGCAAGUCUCCAGAAAGAUAUGCGCACGCUAAGGAUGUCCUUGUUGAACAUGGCCGUUCUGUUAGCUUGUCCGCGCCUUCAACACAAAUUUUGAGUGCCUUGAAACUUUAACUUUCAGUCUUUUAUUCUUCCGUUUUCGAAGAAAAUUCAAAAUUUAGUUUUUAGGGGUGCGAGGGUUUGUUAGAGAUCGUGAUCUCGCUCGAGCUAAGAAAUUAUGUACAGAAAGUACGGAUAUAGGAUCGGGAGCUACGGUGGCUCGAGCGGUUGAACGGACGGUGAAUUCAUAAUUGCUUAUUUGUAUUUGCACUUUCAGACGCGCACACUUAAAAGAAUGCUUCGAUAUUCUGAAGAGAGAAGUUCCUUCCUUGGAGGACAAAAAAACUUCUAACUUGAACAUCUUGAGAAGUGCUCUGAAACACAUUCAGGUGAGCAUGAUUCUAUGUGUACGUAGAAGUUGACAGUGAAAAUAUGGGAUUUGUGGAAAGUGUCGGGCCGGUCUUUAUUUUGGUUAAUUUGAAUUUGAAAAGCCAUUGUUUUGAAUGUGAACAAGUUCGGGCAUACCAACCCUAAGUUGAAGCUGGAUUUCGCGUGGGAUAAAUAUUCUGCCUUUGCUUCGAUUUUUAAACACACUUAAAUUUACCACUCGGAAAAGAUAGUUUCUAGCUAGCUAAGGACCAAAAAAUCCCGCGAACAUUGGUGUAUUUGUCUUUGAUCACCAAAAACUGCUUUCUCUGCAUGUUUAUGUGCAGGUAAAAUAUUCAGCUCAAGGUCAACUUUACACCCACUCAAUUGAACCUUAAAUGCCGAAGGCGUCCUUGGACCAUGCUAUUUUCCAAUAGUUUGCCACAUUUUCUUAUAGGGUAAAUAUCUGUCUUUUGUUGUGGUCAGCUUUUGAUUCCGGUCCUACGAGUGUCACGAGCUUGCUUUUUUCUGUUUUGAUUUUCACGGUCGAGUAGGUUUUGCGUGCCUUGUGACGCUCUCGUAUUCGAUGACUAAAAAAUUAUGUACAUUUUAUUUUUGGUUAAAAAUGCUGAUUCCCCAAACCGCAUCUGAUGCGCCAAGAGCCAUUUCAUAGCAUUUUACAUUGAAGCCAAUUAGAUUCGCGAUUUUGAAGUGGAUUUAACUUUUGGUGAGAGAAAGGCAGUUCCUUAAAUUACCUCCUGUUAUUAAAUUCCUUCACAUUUGCUGUUUGUACAAGCCUGGGAAAAGCUUAUUAAUGUAAUAACAAAGACUAGUACAUUUGACUGUCCCAGGCUUGUACAAGGAGAGAAUUUUUCUUAGAUAACAAAUAUUGUUUUUAUUAUCAUUCCUGGUGAUAAUGGCUGAUUUUGUUUACAUAAGCAUCACAUGCAUCACACUCUGGACUUUUUUGUCUAACUUUUGAAAGACACAUUAAUGGUUCAGUUUAAUUCCCUGGAUAAGGUUACUUUGUUAUCUGGCAUGUCAUCAGCCACAUCACAUCUAAACAUGCCUUGAGGAAACAUGGAAGAAGAAUUAUCAACAAAUCAAUGACCAGUAUUUUGAUGUUGUCAUGGUGUAAUUGGCAAGUAAAAUUGAUUGUCAUUGCAGUUAAUAAAUCUUAUAAAUAGUGUAUGUAUUUAUAUAUAAAGAGUCAGAAACCAAGGUGGUGCAAUCUGACCAAAAACAAGAUCCUAGGCUGUGUGCAAUUUUGUGACUACAUGAAGGCUGUAAUAUGAUACUAGUAAGUUCCAUUUGGAAAGAGAAGUGCUAGAGUAAAGCUUAUGCAGAAAUAAAAUUACAUUUCAUAUAAGCUUAGUUUGAAUAAGUUUUUAUAAUAAGUUGCAGUUUAUUUUGAAUAUAAGAUUUUGAUUAUCUAAAUUUGACAAAACAGAGUCAAAUAAUUAUUAGUGUCGCAAAUACAACUGUGCAUGUAAUGCAACAUGAGAAGUAGGUUAUCAACGAAAUCUGAACUUUAAACCAAGAUGACUCAUUUAUUAUGCUUCACAUAUUCACUGAUUAUCUGACCUACAAUGGGGGACAAAAGAACUUGGGACUGUGUGAAAAAUCCCUUCCAAGUAAUGAAUGAUUUUCCAGUAAUCGGACACUCAUGUUUUGCGCACAGGAUUUUGGGAUCGCCAGGGGGCAAACAUUGCGAGUCGCUACAAAGAAUUGUAUGGCAUGGAGUUGUUUCUCCGUUAAAAGCAGUGUCUUUGGACAUAGAAUGCCGUACUUUGCCGUGAUUUUAUGAGAAACGGAGGUGACUAAUGUUAGUGCGUUGAAAUUUCAAGUUUCUGUGUGAUUAAUGCGAUAAAUUCUAUCGAUAAACACUCCUUGCGUGAGGUUGAGUGUGAAAUUUAUGUCUACUGAAUUUACACAGUGAUCCACAUGAAGAAGAGGUCUUGAAAUAUUUAGUGCAAAUUUAGGUAUACAUGAAGGGGGAUUGGCUCAUUUAAGCAUUUUAGUUUUAAUUACGUGUGGUGAUAUUUACAACGAGUGUAACUACACUCGGCCGCGAUCAGCUCUGUGCGGGUUAUGACGCUCAACAAUCGUAGGACGUGUCCAUAAAAAUAAAAAUCCUCCUUUACUUUGGUAUAAACAAUGUAACAUCUACGAAAUAUUUCAUGGAAAGUACAUGGUAUUUAACCAUUAGUAGAUGACGCAGAAAUCGUAUGAACGAGUCAGAUUUCCGAUACAACAGUAGUGAGUGUGUAAAUAAAUACCAAGUUGAUGUGCGAAAUUCAGAGAUUCUAUAUCUUCCCUCAAAAUGAUCAGAAAAGGCAUUAGAACUUAUUGGUCCUUUGGAUCAUGACAAAACAUUUCGCUUGUGUUUUUUUGGCUAGAAGGAAUCAAUAUACCAAUGUGGGGAAGAUGUUUUUGCUUUUAAAGUUAACACUGUACAUAGCAAAUUCGACAAUACAUAAGCUUACCUUCGAUCGUUGUCACAAACUGGCACAGCGUUGUGAUCGCCGCCAAGCCGAACGUAAUUACACUCGUUGUAAAUAUCAGAACAUGUACUUACAACUGGAAAGGCUUAAUAAAUGAGUCCACAUUCCCCGCUCAUUUAUACCUGGUAAGUUAGUACUAUAUAUUUCGAGACUAUUCAGUAAAUUUCACAGUCGACCUUUCGCAAGAAGGAGUGUUUAUCGAUAGAUUUCAUCGCAUUGAUCCCACAAAUACUUACAAUCAACUCACCAACAUUAGUCACCUCGGCUUCUCAUAAAAUCACGGCAAAAUGCGGCAUUCUCUGUCCAAAGACACUGAUUUUAAACGGAGAAACAGCUCCACGCCAUACAUUUCUUUGUAGCGACUUGCAAUUUUGCCCCCUGACGAUCCCAUAAUCCUGUGCGCAUAACUAAGUCUCCGAUUACUGGAAAAUCAUUCAUUGAUCUGCUAAAUGUGCUAAAUGGGUUCAUCCCAUUGUCCCCCCCUCCCCUCCCCUCACUCUCACUCUCACUCUCACUAUUCCAUUAUUUAACCUUGGCAAGCAUAACUUAAGGGUUAAGAAACCCAGCUGGCUGGGGGCAAACCAGUUGGCUUUUAUAAGUGUGGUCAAGGAUUUGAACUUGGAACUAGUGUGAACAAAUCCAGCUAAUGGUCAGGGCGAGACUUGAACUCAGUGCCCCUGAAUUGCAAGUCCUGUGCUUUAAGGUUAAGAAGAGAGUACACAUUGAUCUAAGAAUAGCAAGUGUUCGUUGCUAACCUAAGUAAAUAUUCUGUUCAGGACUAUAUGAUUUAAUACAUAUGCUUCUUUCAAAACAAUGACUUAAAAAAUAGGGGAAGUCAAAGAAAAUAUCUCCCAAAGAAAAUCAUUUUUUUUCAUUUUUAAAAGUGUCUAUCAGUUUACAUACCCCCAGUGCCACUGUGAUUUUAAUAAGCUCAGUCUGAAGGCAUAUGGCUUUGGUGUCUCUCACUAGUAUCUGGUAUUGACUUGCAAUAUUGUUGUUGAAGUUAGAUAAGAAAUAGCCAAAACAAGGCUGAAUUUGGUAUCAAGAAUGAGGUACGAGAAAUAGAACAUAGGUUUUUAUGUGGGAAUUUUUCAGGAGAUGUAUUCUGUGUGGGAUUUUUGGACAAAGGAAACAGGACUGGCUUUAAAGACUUCUGUCUUUUCCACUGAAACAACCCUGGACAGUGUGUUUCACUUACUUGCCUACCAGAAUUUCCACAAGCUGUUUUAUGAAUGGGAAACAAACAACUUCUCAAGGAGUGGAAAUUGAGACACAGACAGUUACAUGGGUGCCACCAGAAAAAAACUGGAUCUGUUACAAUUAAGGUCAUGAAAGAAGGGAGAAGAAUUUAACCUGCAAGAGAGCAGACAUGACCUCUGAUCUAUAGCUGCAAGUGAGGGACUACAUGGAAAAACCUUAAAUGUAACAACAGAGAGAUAAAACUGUUAGACUAAUCAGCUUGAACAUAUAUGUGAAACCUUAUUUCAGAGUGAAGGUACAUCCUUAGUCGGCUGAUUUAACAGCAUACCACAUCAACCUGAUUGGUCCCAAUUGGUAAGGGUUCAUUCCAGGGUUUAUGUCACCAAUAGGGGAGAGCCUGGGUGAGAACUUUGGUAGGGAGUGCGCUUCUUUUUUUUGUACGUUGUUGUCAGGAAGACACGAGUGACAGACACCCCUAAAUGAACACAUAACAUGUAAUGGAACGUUAAGUGCCUCAUAGGCUCCUGGACCAGCAAUAGCUAUGUUAAUGAUGCCAUCCCUUCUAAGUAAAUGGCGUUUUCUGUGAAAUCUUGUGCAGUGUUUGGCUACCUAGAUUGAGGAUGUCUACAUAGUCAGUUGGAUUGAAGACAUGGAUCACCUAGCCUGCAGAUUUAGAAAAAACCCAUCAGCUUGUUGCUAUGCUCACGUUCUCCUAACAAUGCAAGACAAGUCAACACUAAUCUCCUAGAGGAAGAACAUCAAGGAAGUUCCAGUCAAUUUCCAUUUACCAGUAACUGGUCAUGGAAAACAGAUAAACUAUCACUAUCGUCACUUCUAUCCCUGGCCAGAGAUUGUAGCACGAUUUUGAACUCCAGCUUUACUUCCCUGUAUUAUCACUUUGCCGCAGCCGACUAUUGCCAGGCCUUGGGAGAAAAGAGCUGUCUUUAAGGUUUUAACACCUGUUAUGGCUGAGCUCACUUGAUACAGGGCUAGUUGUUAUGGGUGAAUCUACAUUCACUAUGGCAGCUUUAAAACUUAAUGACAAGAACUUUACCAAAUUAAAAAACAUUCCAAAUUUUGUGGCACAGCUGAAUUGUUAUGGUUGAUGACUCUAAGACCUGAGAUCAAAUAACAUUAGCCACUUUAACUUACCGGCCAACUCCUAUUGCAUGAGAUUUUUAUUCUGAGGGUGUUAGGUUUUUUUCCCAUCAUAUAAGACUUUCGAAGAUGUCCAAACCUUUUUGAAAAGGUUUGAUGUUCUUGAAAAAAUGAUUUUCUUGUACAGACUUCCAUAAUCAGAGAUAUCAGGAAAAUACGAUAAUUUAUUGAAAUGGCCUAUUUUAGCAGCCAGGCCAAUCCACUUUUGUGAAAAAGAUGGUGACAGAAAAUGAAAGGUGGACGCAGCCUUAAGGAGCUACAGUCUAUCAAAGGUUAAGAUGCUGUCUGUUUUCUUUUUCAGGCAUUGAAAAAACGGGAACGUGAUUUUGAAGCUGAGCGAGACCUUCUGAAGAUCAGCAACAACACUAUCAAACAGAAGCUUCUGGUGCUUAGAAAGGAAAUAACCAUUCAGUUGGAAAUCGCACAGAAAUCUGCUCAAAAUGGUGUUAUUCUCAAGACAUGCCAGGUAGUAAGUGAAGCAAGUUCCACCAAGACUUCUGUAAAUUUGAAAAGUUCUGAAAUUCAAUGCUCCCCUAUUUCUGUGGCAACGCAGACAUCUUUCACUUCCGGUGAAGAGUCUGAUGUAGAUUGUUCAAGUGUCAAUGCCAUCAAGGUGGAAGGUGGCCAGGUUAAUGNCAACAACACUAUCAAACAGAAGCUUCUGGUGCUUAGAAAGGAAAUAACCAUUCAGUUGGAAAUCGCACAGAAAUCUGCUCAAAAUGGUGUUAUUCUCAAGACAUGCCAGGUAGUAAGUGAAGCAAGUUCCACCAAGACUUCUGUAAAUUUGAAAAGUUCUGAAAUUCAAUGCUCCCCUAUUUCUGUGGCAACGCAGACAUCUUUCACUUCCGGUGAAGAGUCUGAUGUAGAUUGUUCAAGUGUCAAUGCCAUCAAGGUGGAAGGUGGCCAGGUUAAUGCUUUGUGCAAUGGUGCAGUGAAUGUUGGGCAUGAAAGCAAAGAUAAGGUUGCCAUUGAUGAUGAGGAUGAAGAUGUGGAUGUUGAGGGUGAAAUCACAGAUGAUAACACUGAAGAUGUGGAUGCAUUAAUCAAGGAUGAGAGGGUGAAGAAUGCCAAGAUGGUGAAUCCUGCAGAGCCUGUACUCCCAUCUGGCAGCAGGCCGAAGAGGAAGGCCGGAGCUGGCGAUGAUGGAAAUAAAUUAGAAGCUAAGAAGUCCAAUAUCCAGUGCUGUGCACGUGUCAGCUGUUAG